CAGAUAAAAAGCACGACACUCUCCCAUCGCUAUCGAUAUUAAUACCAGUACUAGUUAUCGAUAUCGAAAUGACUGCCGGCUUAUUAAACCGAUUCGAAAAACUUGCCUACUUUUGUGUUUAUAUUGCUUAUAUUGUUAUUGGACUAUAUAAAAUCUAUGCAUUAAGAGAUCGUAUAUUAAGCACGACUGACUUCCAAUUCGCAGAUGGCUGGAGUCUGCUCAAACGCUCUGACGUGGCCCUCAAGCGCGAUGACAGCAAUGACGAAUUGGAGAACUUUGCUGAUUUCAUUGCUAAAUUUUGGCCCUACUACUUGUUGCAUGCGCUUGUGAGUGGCGUCACGCGCUGGAAGUGGAAUUACCUGCGCCGAUCCGGUCAUGUUGCCAUCUGCGCUUUGGCAUUGGGUCUCAAUUUGCAUUGGACAUCGAUAGCUAUGUUCGGGUCUCUGCUGAUCAGCUAUUAUCUGAUAGCACUGCACGCACGGUCAAAGCUUUGCACUUGGCUGCUCACCGCUGCCUGGAUCGGAGCCCUUAACAUUGCAAAAAACAGCCAAUGGUGGCUGUCUCAAGUUGGAUAUGCAGAGUAUGUCAUGCUAAUAGUAACCCUCUCCUGGAGUUUGUUACGUGGCUGCAGCUAUUCCUUUACUGCGACUGGCUCGAAAAACCUAUCUGAGUACCUGGCAUACACCAUGUACUUUCCCUGCCUCACCUACGGACCGUUCAUUAGCUAUGAGCGCUUCAAGCAACAACCCAUGGGCGAGGCUGUGUCACCGAACUGGAGUUUCCUUGUUGCUCUGCUGCGCGUUGUCUUUUGGUGGCUAGUCUUGCAGUGGUCGCUCCACUAUUUCUACAUCAACUACAUGACGCGAGACGUGCGAGCGGUGGUUAUGAUGGAGUCGGUGUUUUGGCAGCAUGCUGCCGGCUACUUUAUGGGCCAGUUCUUCUUCAUAUUCUACGUGAUUACCUAUGGUCUGGGCAUCGCAUUUGCCGAGUACGAUGACAUUGCGGCUCCAAGGCGACCACGCUGUAUCGGACGCAUUCAUUUCUAUUCGGACAUGUGGAAGUACUUCGAUGAGGGACUGUAUGAGUUUCUCUUUAAGCACAUAUACGCUGAGCUGUGCAGCCGGAAGUCAUCUCCAGCAGCCAAGCUUUGCGCCACUGCACUAACAUUUUCAUUUGUAUUCAUCUGGCACGGCUGCUACACCUAUGUACUUAUUUGGAGCAUACUUAAUUUUGUUUGCCUUGCUGCGGAAAAGCUCUACAAGACAUUCGUGUCGAGGCCGGCGUAUCAGAAUUGGUCACUCAAACACUUCGGCACUGCUGGCGCCCAAAGAUUACAUGCCAUCCUUGCCACCCAGCUUUUUAUACCCGCUGCCUUCUCCAAUGUCUAUUUCAUUGCUGGCCAGGAAGUGGGCGGAUUUCUAAUGCGCGGCGCCUACCUGAGUGGCAUAGGUAACUAUUUGGCACUGAGUUUUUGCAGCUACUGCUUCUUCCAAUGCUCAGAGUUUCUGCUGACCAGGUCCCCCAAGGACAAGAAAAUGAAAGCAACUUAGACUUCUGAUAGAUCACAUACAGAAACUCUUUAAGACUGCGCUAAAUGUCAACUAUUCUAUUGUAAAUGCCUUA